AUGGGUCUCGAAAGAACCCUGUUGAGGAAGACUGCAUCCAUUUGCAAUCUCGAGCCAGAUACCUUUUUAAACGCUCUGAAACGCUCCAAGCAUCGACUUCACCGGACGACAGUAGAGUUCCACUCUUCGUUUAUGUAUUUCCAGCUGCUCAUUCAACAACCCAAACUCUCCUCCGGUAAAGGCAACCAUCUGACCGAUCCCUUUCUCGACAUGGUUCAGGAUUCAUGGAUCCCACCUCAAUCACAAAAAGCCAGCGAAAAAGUGAAGGAUUCCAUAAAGAAGGCAAAAAGAGAGCGCUGGGAGAAAUGGGUCAAGGGGGAUGAGUGGAAGGAUAUUGUGAAUGUGGGAUUCAUGAGCGUGUUUGUCAUACCUUCUGUCAACAUGGUCUUUACUGUUUCUCUUCCUUACUAUGGGGACCCUGCAAGCAGACUAGCUAUCGACAUGAGCAAAGCCUCGAUACCGGAGCACGAUCAGAGACAGAUCUACAAGGAUUGUCGGCUUUUGGGAAUAAGUGCGAUCCAUAGAGUUGUAGGAUAUGCGUCCGGCUGCAUGCGUCAGAUCAACCAGCUGAUCUCACAAUGGGAGGGAGAUGUGGAUCAGAACUACACUACGUCUCGAGCCCGAGAUGUAAAGAAUCUAGUCCAUACCAUACUUAACUUCAAGCGAAGGCUGUUACCCCUCAAAAGCGUUCACCAAAAGGUGAUUGAUGGCGUUCGGCAACCCAGGAAUCUACCCCACCGCAAAGAAAUUGACACCGAUCUCGAGCUCGCUAUCGAAACCCUGGUCCAGAGCCAAGAACGAAUGUGCGAGGUUAUGGAGGACAUAGAGUUGGCUCUUGACAAGUGUCGGCACCUGGAAGAGUUCACAUUUGCAAUGAUCUCCACUAAUGCCAGUGAGGCAAUGGAGCGACUGGCCAUAGUGACUAUAGUCUUUCUGCCAUUGACUUUUAUUGCUUCCUACUUUUCCAUGGUAUUGCCAAGCAUCUACAUCGAGGGCGAACGACUGAUAUGA